GUCUGUCGUCACAAACGGGGUGGCGACGGAAGGGUGCGCGCAGGAGGAGCGACUUCCGGUGGUGGGCAGUUGGCUGGUGUCAAGAGGAGCGGGAAAUAGGUAAUAAUGGUUCUCACUAAUUUGGGGAAGAUAAUUGGGCUCCAGAAUAAGCCUGCCAGUAUCAGGAAUAUCUGUAUACUGGCUCAUGUGGACCACGGCAAAACCACUCUAGCUGACUGUCUGAUAUCUAGCAAUGGAAUAAUCUCCAACCGAUUGGCAGGAAAGCUGAGAUAUCUAGACAGUAGAAAAGAUGAGCAGAUCAGAGGAAUUACUAUGAAAUCUAGUGCUAUAUCACUGCACUUUGAAAAAGGUGAUCAGGAGUAUCUCAUUAAUCUAAUAGACUCCCCAGGGCAUGUGGAUUUCUCUUCAGAAGUAUCAACUGCUGUCCGACUCUGUGAUGGGUGUAUCAUAGUGCUGGAUGCUGUAGAAGGAGUCUGUCCACAGACUCAAGCUGUUCUGCGACAGGCAUGGCUAGAAAAUAUCCGUCCAGUCUUGGUGAUUAAUAAAAUUGAUCGUUUGAUAGUGGAGCUUAAGUUAACUCCUCAGGAAGCAUAUUCUCACCUUAAGAAUAUCUUAGAACAGGUUAAUGCAAUCACUGGAACUCUUUUCACCUCUAAAGUCCUAGAAGAAAGAGCUGAGAGAGAAACAGAAACUCAGGGGAUUUCAGAUUCUGUACAUGGAGAUCAAGUUUAUGAUUGGAGUGCUGGCUUGGAAGAUACUGAUGAUUCACAUCUUUAUUUCUCGCCAGACCAGGGAAAUGUGGUAUUUGCCAGUGCAAUUGAUGGUUGGGGCUUUGGCAUUGAACAUUUUGCAAAAUUGUAUAGCCAGAAGAUUGGAAUCAAACAAGGAAUACUUUUGAAGACCUUGUGGGGAGAUUAUUAUCUAAAUACAAAGGCAAAGAAGAUAAUGAAGGGUGACCAGUCAAAAGGAAAGAAACCUCUAUUUGUGCAAUUGGUUUUGGACAAUAUAUGGAGUCUAUAUGAAGCUGUUAUGAAAAGAGACAAAGAGAAAAUGGAUAAAAUUGUCUCCUCUCUGGGAUUGAAAAUUGGUGCACGUGAGUCACGUCAUUCAGAUCCUAAAGUUCAUCUCAGUGCCAUUUGCAGUCAGUGGUUACCCAUAUCCCAGGCAGUGCUCUCUAUGGUGUGCAGUAAACUCCCCAGUCCUCUUGAUAUCACUGCUGAGAGAGUAGAAAAGUUGAUGUGUGUUGGAGUUAGAACUUUUGAAUCUCUACCCCCAGAAACUCAAGAACUGAAAAACGUGUUCAUGAAAUGCAGCAGUGAAGAUACAGCCCCAGUCAUUGUCUUUGUAUCCAAAAUGUUUGCGGUUGAUACUAAAACAUUACCGCGCAACAAAUCACGGCCUUUAACACAAGAAGAAAUUGCUCAAAGACGUGAGCUUGCAAGACAAAGACAUGCAGAAAAAUUGAUAGCCAGUCAAGUGCAAGAACUACCAGUACAAGUUCUUUCUGGAAAUGAAUCUGAAUUGACUGUGAAGACUGGUGAGACAAAAGGUGAUGAACAAGAGCUCACUAGCCAAACAGAAAGCAUGACCCUAAAAACUGUGAAACAAGAAUCAGACAACAAGGAGUCUUUCAUUGCUUUUGCUAGAGUGUUCAGUGGUGUGGUGCGAAGAGGGCAAAAGAUCUUGGUUCUGGGACCAAAAUAUGAUCCUGCUGAGUCUUUACACAAGUUACCGUCAGAUUGUUCUGCUGCAGAUGAUCUUCCAACAAUACCUCAUAUGGCUUGCUGUACAUUAGAGAAUUUAUAUUUGCUGAUGGGAAGAGAAUUGGAGGAUCUGGAAGAAGUGCCUUCAGGCAAUGUUCUAGGAAUAGGAGGUUUGCAAGAGUUCAUACUGAAGUCAGCAACUUUAUCAACAUCACCGGCUUGCCCACCAUUUACACCUCUCAACUUUGAAGCCACUCCUAUUGUGCGAGUUGCUAUUGAACCAAAACAUCCAAGUAAGAGUGAGAUGCCUCAGUUGGUCAGAGGAAUGAAGCUUUUAAACCAAGCUGAUCCAUGUGUCCAAAUUUUAAUUCAGGAGACAGGAGAGCAUGUAUUAGUUACAGCAGGAGAAGUCCAUCUCCAGCGUUGCUUGGAUGACUUAAAAGAAAGGUUUGCAAAGAUACAAAUUAGUGUAUCAGAACCAAUUAUCCCAUUCAGGGAGACAAUAACAAGACCUCCAAAAGUUGACAUGGUGAAUGAGGAAAUAGGAAAACAGCAGAAAGUUGCAGUCAUACACCAGGCUAAAGAGGAUCAGAAUAAAGUCCCUGAAGGAGUUCAGGUUGAUUCUGAUGGCCUCAUAACAAUGUCUACACCAAAUAAAAGUGCCACGCUCAGUGUAAGAGCCAUGCCACUUCCAGAAGAGGUAACUCAGCUUCUUGAAGAAAACAGUGACUUAAUUCGUACUAUGGAGCAAUUCAACUCAUCUUUGAAUGAGGAUAAAAAAAUGCAUGAAAUUAAUCAAAAGAUCCUUGGCAAGUUCCAGGAGUUUAAACAAAAAUUAGAACAAAAUCUGCAAGGAAGAAAGUGGAGAAAUGCUGUUGAUCAGAUCUGGUCAUUUGGCCCACGAAAAUGUGGGCCUAAUAUUUUGUUAAAUAAAUUUGAAGGCCACAAAAAAUCUGUGUGGCAGUGCCUUGAUAAGACUACUAAAGAAGUGAGUAAAUAUCGAGAUUUUGACAACAGCAUAAUAAGUGGGUUUCAGUUGGCUACACUUUCAGGUCCUAUGUGUGAAGAACCUCUCAUGGGUGUCUGUUUUAUAAUGGAAAAAUGGGACAUGAGUAAAGUGGAAGAGUACAUGUCUGCUCAUAGGCAGGAUUCAGAGGAACUGGAUGCUACAGAACAGACAAAAAAUGAAGACAAAGUCACAUCUCUAACCAGUAAUACCACUGAAUCAUCCAGUGAAAAUAAGGAACUCCAGGGUACAAGUCAAGGAAGCCCAAAUUCAUCUGCGAAAUCAAGUAAACGCAAAGGAGAAAUUGUGAUUGCAGAUUGUUAUGGCCCUUUCUCUGGACAACUGAUUGCCACCAUGAAGGAAGCUUGUCGUUACGCCUUACAAGUGAAACCACAGAGACUUAUGGCAGCUAUGUAUACAUGUGAAAUUAUGGCCACAGCAGAUGUUCUAGGUCGUGUAUAUGCCGUCUUGUCCAAAAGAGAAGGCCGCGUAUUACAAGAGGAGAUGAAAGAGGGGACUGACAUGUUUAUUAUUAAGGCAGUGCUGCCAGUAGCAGAAAGCUUUGGGUUUGCUGAUGAAAUCAGGAAGAGAACAAGUGGCCUGGCCAGUCCGCAGCUGGUGUUCAGCCACUGGGAGGUAAUUUCAAGUGACCCAUUCUGGGUACCAACUACUGAGGAGGAAUAUUUGCACUUUGGGGAAAAAGCAGACUCUGAGAACCAGGCCCGCAAGUACAUGAAUGCAGUGAGAAAACGAAAAGGACUUUAUGUAGAAGAAAAAAUUGUGGAACAUGCUGAGAAGCAAAGAACUCUCAGUAGAAAUAAGUAACUGCCUCUAUUUUCAGUUCUACUCAAACUCAGCUAAGUGCAGGUGGAUUAGUUUCUGUACAGCAAAUUCAAAAUGUCAUUUUGGACUUGCAGUUUUACACAAGAUUUCAUAUGUGGUGUAAUUUGUCCAUGGCUUCAGUUGUAAUAAACUUGAGCCUUUCCAGCCUUUUA